AUGGACACUGAAGGUAUUAAAAAAGCAUGGUAAACAUAAGGGGAUAGUGAAGAAUAAAAAGUUAAUAUAGAUGUAGUUGAAAAUCUAGUUGACCCAAAAUGUCCUGUUGAAUUAAAAACAAAGCUUAACAAUGAAUAAGAAGAUAAAUUAGCUGCUUUUUUGAAAAAGAUAUAAAUGAGCAUUUAAGAUGAUGAUGAAUUCGACGCAUCUGUGAAAAAUAAAAUUUUAGACUGGAAAACAGAAAUAGAAUGUAAGUAAUAAUAAUAGACAUAAUAAUAAAAUAAUAAUUGA